AUGCACAUCAAUUUAAGUGUGCAAAGAAGAAAAGUAUUAAACAUAGAAAUAAUCUUUAAACUAAAUCAUUUUUCUUCAACUUUCAAGCCAAUUUCAUGCACAGAUCAAGCAUCUAGAUCAGGUCUAUCCCUUUGGAUGUCUCAAACAUCUCAUGACUUUCAUGAUGACACAGUGGCUAAUAUUAACAACAACAGCAAUUUGCAUGAGAUUCAUCAACUUGAAAAUUCAUUACCACACUCUAAUUAUCAUCCAAAUUGGGUUUAUGGAAAUAAACUAUCGUCAAACAUUGGUUCCCAAGAGUUAACUAGCACUGUUUCCCUUCCACUGGUCAAUAGUAAUAACAUUGAUAAGGAUGUAAGUGUAAGUGCAAACAAUCUUGUUAGUGUUCCUUCCUUAUAUAGCUCACAACACCAACCUCAAUCUCAUAAUCAUACAGCCUCAGCAAACAUGUCAGCAACAACUUUGUUGCAAAAAGCUUCUCAAAUUGGAGCAUCUUCAAGUGACUCAUUGUUCCUUGGAGGUUUAGGACCUUUGGGAUGCAAUACUCCAAAUCAAGAUCAUAGGAACAAAUUUUGUGGGGUGUAUAAUUCAAACUCAUUACUCACAACAAGCCAUGAGACAGAAGGUAACUAUUCAGGUGAAUUGUCACAAAUGCCCCCGACAAAACGACGACGCAUGCAUAAUGAAGAGGAUAUGGAAAUAUCGAUAACAAUUUUCAAGAAAUAG